UCGCGCGCGUCCUUGUCAAAGCUUUUGGCGCCUCAGACGCAGUUUGGCUUCAUUUGUUAGUGAUUCGUUGACCUGUUUGUCCGCUAGUCGUCAAAUUAAGUCGUAUUUUCUUACUAAACUGACUCCUUACAGUCAUGGCGAGUCUUUCAACGGGCGCGAUAGAGGCUUUAGCAAAUGGCAGCGGUUGGAGCGAAGCAGUGCUUCAGUUGCUGAACAUUCGCAAGAUCGAUGGCGGGAGUGGGCCCUCUCGCUUCAGGGUGAUGAUGAGCGACGGACGACACACACUGUCAUCCUUCAUGCUCUCCACUCAGCUAAACUACAUGGCCGAGGAAAACCUUCUGGUCCCAAACUGCGUGUGCGUCCUGAAGCGGCAGGUCACAAAUGUGCUCAAAGAUGGACGACGAGUGGUAAUCAUUUUAGAAAUUGACGUCAUCAAACCUGCUGACGCCUCUGAUAAAAUAGGAGACCCAAUUCCUUACUCUGAUGGCCAGAGCAAAGGCCCGCAGCCAGCUCCAGUCCCUGAGAGCAGACCGCCUCUACAGCCACAAAACAGAAAUGAAGGUGUAGACACAAAUUUGAAGAGAAACUUUGCAAAGAAGAUUCCUUCUGCUUUGCCUGAUACUCCAGGAGGAAGCUCCAAAAUUGUCCCCAUCGCCAGCCUCAACCCCUACCAGUCCAAGUGGACAAUCCGGGGUCGUGUGACCAACAAGAGCUCCGUUCGUACGUGGAGCAACGCUCGAGGCGAAGGAAAACUCUUCUCUAUGGAGAUCGUAGAUGAAAGUGGGGAGAUCCGUGUGACCUGCUUCAACCAAGAAGUCGACAAGUUCUUCUCUCUCAUCGAGGUCGGCAAGGUCUACUACGUCUCCAAGGGCUCUCUGAAGAUCGCAAACAAGCAGUACACGUCGGUGAAGAACGACUACGAAAUGACUCUCAACGGAGAGUCCACCGUCAUUCCCUGUGAGGACAGCUGCGACGUUCCCAUGAUGCAGUGCGACUUUGUCUCCAUCGGCGACUUGGAGAACAGAGAGAAAGACGCUAUCGUUGAUGUAAUUGGAGUGUGCAAGAGCGUGGAUGAGCUGACCCGCCUGACGACCAAGGCCAACCGCGAAGUGUCCAAGAGGGCGCUGAGUUUGAUGGACAUGUCCGGGAAGUUGGUGACCGUCACCCUGUGGGGAGAGGAAGCGGAGAAGUUCGACGGCUCCGGACAGCCGAUCGUAGCCAUAAAGGCCGCCAAGCUCUCGGACUUCGGAGGCCGCUCGCUUUCCGCGUCCUUCAGCAGCACCAUGAUGAUCAACCCAGACAUCCCAGAGGCAUACAAGCUCAGAGGCUGGUUUGACAAGGAAGGACACGCCAUGGAGGGUCAGUCCCUGACGGAAGUGAGAGGUGCCGGCAGAAGUCUCUUGGAGAACUGGAAGUCCUUGGCUGACGUGAAGUCGGAGCAUCUGGGACACGGUGACAAGGCUGACUACUACUCCUGCAUAGCCACCAUCGUGUUUCUGCGUAAGGAGAACUGCCUUUAUCAGGCCUGCCCAAGCCAGGACUGCAACAAAAAAGUGGUGGACCAGCAGAAUGGCAUGUUCCGCUGCGAGAAGUGCGAUAAAGAGUUUCCCAACUUCAAGUACCGCCUCAUUCUGUCCGCCAACAUUGCGGACCACGCCGACAACCAGUGGGUGACUUGCUUCCAGGACAGCGCUGAGGCCAUCCUGGGCCAGAACGCUGCUUACUUGGGCCAGCUGAAGGACUCGAACGAAUCAGCGUUCGACGAGAUCUUCCAGCAAGCGAACUUCAAUACUUUUAUCUUUCGCAACAGAGUGAAGCUGGAAACGUAUAACGACGAGUCGAGGAUUAAAGCGACAGUGAUGGAGGUGAAGCCUGUCGACCACAGAGACUACAGCAAGAGGUUGAUCAUGAACAUACGGAGUAUGGGAGCCAAGUAGAAACACCACCAAUGCAGAUUAUCGGAUAUGCUUUUUUUUUUUUUUUUUUCACUUUCCACUGUUAAACCUUAUGUAUUUUUGGUUUAUUAUGCUUUUCAUUAAAUAAAAAGGUAAAGUAACUAGUUAUGGGGUACUAUAAGCUCUGAUGGACUGUUUUUCUUUUAACAUGGAAUCUAUUUGUCCAAUUUUUCCUUUUUUUAAAAAUGUUUUUUAAAGCAGAGACCAGGUCAGCAAGCCACGAGUGAGAAAAGUGUGCUUCAAGUCAGCCAGCUGUUUGUGCAUAAAUUGUGGGGGAAGUGUGUGGCUGUGUUUAAGCGUAGACCAGCACAGUCGCUAGCACUCUUUUUCACCCUCUGACGCACUUGCAGAAAUGCCUGGGCUGGACCUGCACACCCCUGAUAAGAACAUUUACGCUCCUACAUUUCUUUUUCUUUUUUCAUUUUUGUUUUCCUUUUUGUUGGCACCGUUCCUCACAUUCUUGCGAUCCACAAGCACACCGACGGUGCCGACUCUAUGAAGGGGAAAAAAAAAAGUUACGAUUUAAGUCAUGGAAAUUUCUGUGUUUGUUUUGUAGUUUCUUUCUUUUUGUGACAAGUGUAAAAAAUAAAGAUAUUUGUAAUCAA